CUUUGGUAAAUGAUUCACUUUUUGAUCCCCCACUAUACAAAUGCAGACCAAAAAAAAAAAAAAUCAAAAAAAAAAAAAAAAACUACAGCUCAAGACAGUUUGUGAGGCGAGCUGAAAAUGCGAGUUCCUGUACAAAUCAUCAGCUUUUCUUGCUUUCUGUUUUCUGUUACCUUUGUGCAAGGACAAGUAACUUGUCAGCUUGAGGUAUCCGAACCUGAAGUAAUAAGAACCAUUCCAAUGGGAAAAACAAAUUUCAAAGCUGGAGAAACGGUGGUGAUUAUCUGUUCUGCCAAAAACCAGGCCUUUAAUAAACAGGAAACAUUUACUUGCACAAACAAUGGGAAGUGGGAUUACAAGCCUACUUGUAAGGAGAGCAGAUGUGAAGUUCCAAUCAACCAGCACGUGUAUCUCCCAAAAUAUUACUUUAGUGGAGAUCUGAAUUUGGGAGACAAGAGAUCUUACAGUUGUGAGUCUGGAUAUCGUAAAUUAGCUGAAGUGGUCACAUGUACACGAGACGGAUGGACACCAAAACCACUGUGUGCUGAAAUGAUGUGUAAUCCGCCAAAAAUUCCAAAUGCAGAGAUUGUGGGACAACCGAGAGCAAUCUACAGAAUCAAUUCAAAAAUACAAUAUAAAUGUCGUCCUGGAUUUGAACCAGAGGAGCCUGUAGAAAUUACUUGUAAUCCCCAGGGCCAGUGGACAGGCAUACAGCGAUGCUCUGAUGGUACCUGUCAGGAGCAAGAACUCAAAAAUAUAAAAAUUAUAUUUGGAUAUCCGAGCAUCGCUUUACCUUAUACACCUGGACAUAUCUUAGUUUUUCGAUGCACUGAUGACAACAUGAGGUUUUACGGCCAACGUGCAAUUGAAUGCCUGCUAGAUGGGAGGUGGAAUUACCCAUAUCCACAAUGUGGAGGAAAGGUUCAGUGCUCCCAACCAACAAAGAACUUGCAGUUUGUGACACUGUCAGAUGAGAAAACUGAAUACAGCAACUUUGAGAUACUGCAAUACACAUGCAAUAAUCCUUACAAUCAAAUUCCAAGAGGAGUUUUGAUGUGCCACAAUGGAAAAUGGAACGGAACGUUUGAUUGCAAAAGUAGGACCUGUCCACCUCCUCCAUAUCUUCAACAUGGAGACUACAGCAUCAACAGUACAAAAGAUGAAGUGAUCACAGCAGUAUCUUACACUUGCCAGUUUUACUAUGUGCUUUCCAAGCAACAGGAUGUUUAUAAGUGUGUGGAUGGGAAAUGGGAGACUCCUCCAAAAUGCCUGAGACCUUGUGAAAUUGAUUACAUUGUUGAGAAGUACAAUCUACAGCUUCCUAAAGAAAAGGUCUACAUAAGGCAUGCUGAAAAGUAUAGACUGAACUGUAGAGAUGGAUGGAACACUGGAAGUGAGAUGAAAGCGUAUGUGGAUGUGUCGUGCUCCAACGGGAAUCUGCAGAUUGACAAAAGUUGUGAGUAUUGUUUCAUUUUCAGAACCUGAAUUAGUCAUAUUGUUAAUCUAUACAAUUAUUGAUUUGUUAUUUAUUUGGUUGUUUCUUUAGGUAACUAAGUUUUAACUGGACGGUGACUGAGGUACCCCAUUAAGUAAAAAUUAGACAUUUAUUUUUAUACAAAAGAAGACAUCCCUAAAAAGAGGUAAUAAGAGAUUUUGUCAGGUUUAACUCACUUCUGAGUAUGAAUGUAUAGAUUUGCCCCAUAAUAAAUUUAAGUAUCUACUGUCAGUUAUCAAGUUCAGAGAAACUGUUCUCAGAGGACUCAAGUAAAUCUGUAAUAUUAUUGCAGUUUUUAAUGUGUUUGGUAGGCCAUUUUGUUUGUACAAUGUGAUCAUGACAAACUAUCAAUAUCACUCGAAAUUUCUCACAGGAACCACUUGGUGGUAGAGUUGCUUCACGCUUUUUGGCAAAGCACUAAGACAAUGUAAUCAUAACAUUAUGACUUUUUGUAAAGCUGCUAUGUGAAACACUCUAUACAAAUAAAUUUGCUUGAAUUAGCCAU